AAAAGCACUUUUAUACCAAAGUCUAAAGCCACGUAUUCACUGAGCAACAAUUGUUUAUAAACUCUGUUUCAGAAACAAAAUCUACGUGUUUCUGAAACAAAUCAUUUUGUUUCAGAAACAUAUAAUUUUGUUUCUGUAAACACUACGUGUUUAUCGGUAUGUUUCGGUGCUCCCCACUUGUGACGGAGAACACAGAAGCAAAUCAGUUGCGCAACAGGUGCAUGCGAGUGUGGACGCGUCUAAACAUUUGUUUAUAAACAUGGCUGUAGUGUGGGACGAUGAAACUGUCUUUAAAUUGAUAGAACUGUUUGAGAAAAAACGAAUAUUAUGGGAUUGCUCGACAAAGGACUAUAAAAAUAAAAUAAAAAGAAUGACGCCUGGGAAGAAAUUUCGAAUGCUUUGGCAAUUCCAAAAACAGAUGUUGAGCAUAAAAUGCAUAUAUUGCGGUCGCAAUUUGCAAGAGAGAGGAAGAAAAUGUUGUCUACAAAAACCACAGGUGCUGGUGCUGCAGAUAUUAAGAAAUCAAAAUGGAAAUUUUAUGAAGAAUUAAUUUUCUUACAAAGCACGACGACAAGGGUCGGUGGUGCGGAUACUUUAAAUGAAACAGCAAACCGUGAAGACCUCCUGGCAACUGAGGAGCCAGAACAGCAAUCGGAGCAGCAGAAACCACAAUCUCCACUUCCACCAUCCCCACUACCAUCUACAAGUAGCAAAAAAGCAUCUAAAAGAAAAGUGGAUGACAAUCUAAGUGAAGUAUUUGAAAUAGUUAAAUCUGCAAACGCAAAAUGGAUGAAUCUAAGGAUGAAUAUGAUAUUUAUGGGCAAUACGUCGCUUCAGAAUUAAGAGCGGUACAAAACGAGACUGCCGUAAUACAAGCC